UGAGCGUUUGAACGGAGACUUUUGCAACUACAAUUUGAGCGGAGGAAACAAUAGCAAUAAUAAAAAAAAUAAACAAUUGAACGCGCGUUUUUACAAGUUUAGCCUAGAAACGGUUUAGUGUGUCGAAAAGUUUCAAAAAUACUAGACGCACACCCGUUUAAUUGACGUUUGUUUUAUUGCAUUGGAUUGAUUUGAGCGUUGUGCUCCAUUUGCGGUCGAUUAAUUUGUUAAAUUGUUUACAUUUAUUUACACCGUUAUUUAUCGUUGGCGUUUUUGUGGCGUUCGGCUUUAUUGGCAUUUGUUUUGAAGGCGUAUUGAAAACUAGUUGCAGUGACAAUGCUGAAAAUGUAUAAAGCGACGGCGAUACUAUUGAUCCUCUUCGGAUAUCUGCUCAUCACAGAUUGCAGUGAAACAACACGCACAAAGCGGGCCAAACGGCCACGUGCCCCAGAACCGGUGAACUUCGAACCGGAACCACAACAAGAUUUGGAAAAUGAAGAAAGCGGCAGUCAAGAGAAGGAUAUACCUGAAAUACCGACGAAUUUCCUAAGUCCCUCUGUACGAGAAUAUCUUGAAUUGGGCAAGUCGAUACCUGGCCGUCCCGGUGUCGACUAUCCCAUACUCUCAGCCAUUCCAUACACGAAUUUCUACUGCGAUGAGCAGCCAUAUCCGGGCUUUUUCGCCGACAUGGAAACCAGGUGUCAAGGCUGGCACUAUUGCGACAUUGAUGGCCGACAAGCCUCCUUCUUGUGUCCAAAUGGCACACAAUUUUCACAAGCCGUCUUUGUGUGCGAUUGGUGGUUCAACGUCCGCUGUGAUCUGUCGCCACGUCUUUACGCUAUCAAUGCACGACUCUACCAGCGCCCCAAGGUGAAUCCUACACGACCACAUCGCAUCAUUACGAAGGAGCUGGUCGAUGACAUCUUCAAUUAAGCGGUACUGGGUGACAGCAAAGAUAGUAAAAAAAAAGUAGCACGAAAGAGACAAAAAAUGAAGGAGGAGAGAGGGAGAUAAAAUGCGAAAAAGAUAGA